ACCGUUUCUCUCGGAUCGAAAUGUGACCGAACUGUUUUGUAAUCCCAUCGUCCAAAACAUUGUACAAAUUUAAAACGCGAAAAUUCCGUAUAAUUGAGUGCAUUUUACAAGAGAAAAAUGUUGAAAAUUCCUUCCGGUGCCCGGCUGCUGUCGGAGAUCGUGAAAAACGUCACCACAUACCAGUCGGCGGCGCGCUGGUACUGCGUUGCGGGGACGGAGGGCUCCAAAUCAUUUCUCUCGUAUGACAAAGAUCCAGGGCCGAUGUUUAUGCGCGAUGAUGUUCAAAAGUUGCUGAAGUCGAUGACCCGCAUGGAGCUAGAUCGGGUCUUUCGGAAGCGAUCGGUCAAGGAUAACACCGUGGAGUACAAAUUUAUGACCGAUGAUCAGGUGCGGCGCGAAGUUGGGCAAUCGAUCGGAAAGGCCAAUCGAAUGCUGCAGAUGCCUCCGGUGGUGGACGUGAUGCACGAGAACCCGAAGGUUCUGUCGAAGGAUGGAGCGCUGAAGGGAUUUUCGGAGACUAAGAUGAUCUUCACGGAUAUCAGUUUCGGGCUGAAGAACAGCAAACGAACUAUUGUGGAGCGCUUACCGGAUGGUACUCUGCAGGAAGCUGCCUAUGAGACUCGGAAACGCCUGAAUCAGAUUUACUUCCCAUUGAAGGGUCGUUACGUGCGAACACCGAAAAUGUUCGAGGCGGGUAACUUGAGGAAGAUCAUGGAGGCAAAGGAUUACGAGUUCGUGUUGGACAGAGCUUGCGUUCAGUUUGAACCUUACGAGAAGGAAUAUCACAAUUUAACCGCCACGGUUUAUCUACACGUGAAUGAAAACAAGGAAUUUGAUCUGCUGAGAUCGACGAGGCACUUCGGACCGAUGGUUUUCUUCCUGGCUUGGCACCGGUUGGUGGACGAUCUGCUGCUGGACAUGAUCAAACGGGACUAUUUGCGUAACGGAGUCGAGCUGAUGACCUUGUUUGCUUCCCUUCACGAGGGUGUCGAAGUUAAAGCGGAAACUUUCAAUCAACUGAAGCAGUUUGUACUCAGCUCUGAAGCACCCUUGUUCACGCCGGAAGACAAGAGCCCGGAAGAUCUGCAGCAAGAUGAGAAGUACCUCGGCGUUAUUGAGCAGUUUGUGACCGAGCAUUGCGGUAAGAAGGUGCAACUUAAUUUGGCAAUCGCGGCUUACCGGGAGAUGGCUCACGAGCGGCAACAGCUUGCAGAAGGAAUUCGUAAGAUGCACGGCGGCAGAUAGAAUAAUUCUGGUUUAAGAUAGAGCGUACACACCAUUAAAAUCCGAUCAACCUA